AUGCAGUCGCUGCCGAACGAGCUUUUAUCGCAGAUUGCUUCACAGCUGCAUCAAGAACCGCCUUCAAUCACAAAGUUUACCCACGAGCCUUCUGAACAUCUGACACAAUCGGAGUUGACUCCACUCAAAACCUUGUCUCUGGUGUCAUGGCGCUGGAGAAAGAUUGUUCUACCCAUACUCUUCCGCUAUUCGCGGAUACCACUUGACGAUGAGCCGCAAUGGGUACCUUUGGACGCACGGCUCGUUGAUAGCAUGCAGGAGCAAUUGACCAAACUGAGUAACCAUGAAUUUGUCAUCUACACGAAAUUGCGGAGCAAGUUCAAAAGCAGCUCGGGCUUUGCAUUCAAGCCAGCCAUGGAUGAUGUCCUCGUCAAUUUAUGCCGCAUCCAAGAGGGGGAUGAGUUUCUCAAGUCAGUGCCAAACAUUUUGUGGCUUCCACAUCUUCCGAAAACAUUUACAGACUUUUGUCGAUUCGUGGCACAUUACACACUGAAGCACCACAUCAAGAGCGUGGUGGUGCAUACGAACAAGGAAUACAAGCUGUCUCAUGUAUCUGCUGCAGAAGCACCGUUAGCUCGUGGGGUGACUGACAUCUGGACGCAAGUAUUCUCUCACCUAGAACCUACACGCAUUGUCGUUGCUGCCCCACCGUCGACAAUGGCUGGACUGCUGGAUUCACCGAUGCGGAGCAACGACGUGUGGGCUUUUGAGAUGAAGAUGCACUAUGUUGAGCUAAUUCAGGCCGAGCCGCCCCGUACUGCUCAUAUGCAAGAGAAUUGCCGGACAUGGGGCUCUGCUCUCAUCCAUCAAAGACCUUGGUAUCACAUGGGUUACAACGAGGGCUCGUCCAUUGCUGCGUACAGCACAUACGAGUACCAUUUGAAACAACCGCCAAGGAUACUUUUUCAUUUGCUUAUACGCCUGUUCAGGGAAACACAACCAUGCUGCAACAUGACAUCGUUCAGCUUCACAGGCGUCUUCCCAUUUGCCGCAAACAUCACUUCGAUUGUUCGCGCUCUUCACCGCAUCCCGACGGUCAACAGGAUCAGUGUACAGCUAGCACCUGGACCAGAGAACAAUGUGCUCAGUGACGGCAAGAGAAGGGGCAGAGCGCAGUCAAGCGACUUUUGGCUCGAGUGGCGCGAGAGUUACAAAGUGAUUGCGAGCUAUUUAGGCGUGUUUGACUUUGCGGACCAGGCAAAGUUUGCAAGCAGAGACUGUGGGAGUAAGCAGCUGGCAAUCGAGGUUGAAGAGUGUAUGGAUUUGCUGAGAAAGAGGGGGAUUGGGUGGAAGAGCGAAGGGGAUGGGAAUUGGGUUAGGGAUCACACGUUAGAUUGUCAAACAGCGACUGUUGAGGUUGAAGGAGGUUGA